AUGGUCAACACUAUAAUCACAACAACCCUAGCGUCGAUCUUACCUCCGGCCACAGCUACGUCGAUCUCGAUCCCCUCGGCCCCGGCUCAUCCGCCUUACCAAUACAUCUCCAGGUCAACGUGGACGUUCACUCAAGGGUUCUUGUUGGGGCAGAUCGUUAUUAUCGUCCUCUGUGGGGUUUUCUUGAAGUAUGUGGUCUUUGAGGAGGGAGAUAAGCAGGAUGUAGGGAGCCGGAAAGCUGGGUCGAGAGGGGAGAAAGCACACUUAUCAUCACACCCCGUGCCCCCACCAUCGAGCACGGCACUCCUAGAUAAAGUCGGAUAUGACAUGUCGACCCAUCCGGCGGAAUCGGCAGAUUGGCUGAACGUGCUCUUCUCCCAAAUCUUGCAAGGAUACAGGAAUGAUUUAUUAGGUACGGCAGGGGAAGAAGGGGCGAGGAUGCAGGUGGAGAAGUGGUUAAACCCCGGUGGAACAAAGUCUUCUUCGUGGCUGGAUCCGAUAUUGGUCACAUCCUUAUCCCUCGGAUCGAGCUUUCCGCUAUUAUCAAAUGCUCGUAUACGCCCAGCGGACGGGUUCGGUGGACUACGAGCGGAAGUGGACCUGGAUUAUAAUGACUCGAUACAUCUUUCGAUCGCUACGAAUAUCGUCGUCAACUUUCCUCAGCCUCGGUUUGCGGUGUUGCCUGUUAAUCUGGGGGUGGAGGUUUUAGGAUUCGGCGGUACUUUUACGAUGCAGUUGCAGCCUGCAUCGUUGAUGCAACCGCAAGAGGAGAGCAGGCAGCAUUUACACUUGUCGCUCUUGCCUGAUUUUCACUUGAACGUCAAGGCGACCAGUCUGCUUGGGAGCAGGGCGAAGUUGCAAGAUAUUCCGAAGCUUGAACAAAUCAUCAUCUCGAGAUUACGCCAAGCGGUGCAUGAUCGCUACGUCUGGCCCCGAUACCUAGGAAUCGGCCUUCCACGGCUUGUGUCGAAAGGCGUCGAGCCUGUGGUGGUGAAACCAGAUGGCUCGGUGACUGCGGCAUCGACCACCGCCAGCUCGAAGACUGAGCGGGCCGGAGAUCCUACAUCGAUGCCAUUGUCAACCCCUGCUUUGAUGGAAACAAUACCGGGAGGAUCGAGCUCGUUUACCGUGCCCGAGCGGAUCGUCUCCCCUCCAUCCGGUGGGAGCUCUAGGCAGGGCACCAUGCCACCGCAGAAAUCGAUAUUACAGCCACCGACCGUCAAGCCGAAACGUCGAGCAGAAAGCGCUAUUCUCGGAGCGAACGAGACGGACGAUACGGAUGAUGGGAUGGAGGACGAUAUGCGAUAUAGGAAUGGACCGGCGCUGACGGCGGCUGAUGAACGGGAUAUCGAGCGUUCCCGCUGGAGACAGGGAGUCAAUGAGGCGAGGCCUCAGGAUACGGUCAGGCCGAUGGGGCGGUCUGGACAUUACGCUACGACAAGCAUGGGGAGCAGGAUCGGUCUGGAUCCGGCGAGACAUGGGAAUCAGGCCGCGAUGGACGGAGGGAUGCGGUAUCGAGGAGUCGUGCAGGGGGAUAUCUCGCAGAGCGUCAAUGGGAGUACGAGCGGGUCAGCGACGGGGGUUGGGAUGGCUAGUGCGAAUGGGAUUCUGCCUGCUAGGCGUAUGGGAGCGUUGAAUGCUAGAGGAAUGGGGCCGAGAUGA